UAAAUGUUCUUAUUGCGAGGAAUAUAGACCCAGGUCCCAAAAAAAAAAAAAGCGUGGUGGCAGCGUGAAUGAAUGAAUGAAUGUUACUUGCUUACGCAUCUUCCCAUGCUUAUAUAGUAGACCACUGCAUUAAGAACAAAGCGAACCUGCGGAGGCCCACUGAAUAUUAAUUCCAUGUGAGUAUAAAGAAUUGAUUUUGAUCAGCAUAAUGGUUCUCCUCUUUUACAGUAGGACAAAAGAAAGCGGUUGUCGAGGUAGUUGACCACUACUGUAGGUUUCACUUUUUGCACGAUACUCAGUAGACUUUAGCUGAAGGGGUCGCAUUUUCUAAAUUUAUAGCGACCCAAAUUAGCAGCUAUCUUUUACAGCAUACGUAAGACAUCUGCAAUACUGCAGGAAAGGUUCAGCUUCAGCCAGUUUAAGACACAAAACGAACAGGCCUAGUAUAAGAAAAGUACAUCAUAUUAAUGACUUGAAUGAUUGUUCAUCGAUUGUGCCCCUGAUGAUGAUUAUUUCAAUGUAACUAAUGUACAAAAUUUUGCCUUGUGCCGCGCCUCCAUGUACAAGCUCUUUUUUUAUUAUUUGAUGACUCUAUGAUGUUUCUAUGGUUGGCCUCUUCGCUCAUCCCUGGAACUAAGGGUGCAACGACAACAGGCGCGGCGUAGGCGCGAUCGCGAGUCUCGUUGUAUCUUUGCUAACCUUUAUCUGAGGGUGAUAGACAUGAGUUUCUUCAGCUAGAGAUCUGGGAUGAUUCAUCCACACAAAAAUAGCAAAAUCCAUCAUGUUUUUCCGCUUUUUCAACAGUCUAUCGUGACGGAUAACAAAAGGUGGUCUGCUUUUUUUUAGUGGAAAAGCAAGCCAGCGCCAAAAAGAGAGACGAUUUACAUUUAGUUUUCCGGGCUCUUAUGACUGAGCGGUACGUGAAUAAAUCGGGCAGAGGAGGAAACGAUGUACUUCUUAUGAUCUCAUUCAAUGUCAAUCACAUCUUUUUUGGUUUUUGUUGGUCCUUCUUUCAUUUAAAGAAUCGGGAACACGUCAGUGUAUAUGUCUUUUUUGGGGCCGAUUGAUGCGAGGCAUUCUUUCAGCAACAUGAUUAAGUAUAUGGGAAGAGAAGUUUAUUUACUGUCUUGGGGUGCGCAUUAGCAAUGUGUUUGGUGAUGAUAAUAUAUAUGAAACACAUCGUGUCUGUCCAUUAACAUGUGUGUGUUCGUGUUCCGUGGUUCGGGCGUUUUUUCGCAUGCAAAAAGUUCAGUUGCCAGAGGAUUGGUACCAUUCAGAAAAAUCACACUCCACCAGGGCUGUGAUGUCCGAAGCGUUGCACGUUCGAGAGACCGAGAAAAUAGAUGUGUCAUAGUCUGAGAUUCUCCAAUAGCGCAGGGCUGAGGCGGAAGCCACUCUAAUCUAAUCUCAUCUAAUCUAAUCAACAAACACGAAGACAAAUACUUAAUUAUAUGUUCGUGCCUACGAAGAAAUGUGUAUUAGAGCCGGAGAGUGUGAGAAGAUGAGAAGCUUCUGUUGAGAAGAGAGCUGCAAAAAAGUGCAAAAGAAUUCAGAUUGGCCGGCGGGAACAAAGGGAGGUGAAACCGUUCUUGUUUAAACUUAAAAGAUUGUUCAGCAAAAACCUGCGACAUGCAAGAAAACAAGAUUUUGCAAGAAAAACAUUUUAAGACUUGCAAUUUACUCUGCGGAUUUUUUAUUUGACGCAAUCAGGCCUUCUUUCGAAUAUCAACCCCCAGGUCAUACUGGCCGUUUCCUCCCACGUCUUUGACUGUAAACUGUUUGAUGUUAAAACGAUCUUCUGACUUGUUCCCAUUUAUUGAGACUUUUCUUCUUGCAGUGCGUCUUAUGAAAGUAAAUCUUCCUUGUUAGUUCGUCGUAAGUACUACAAAAAGAAAGGUGAUACGUAUCUCAAUCUUUUCUGCCUUUCCCAACAAGCUAGAGUGGUUACAGAUUUUGAUUUAAGUUCAUUUUAAGGGCAGAAAACACCGAGAAAAUGAUCGGCCUCGGGGAGGAUUUGGAGCUCGACGAGGAGGAGGUCGAAGCUAUGAACCGAUGCGGGUAUUCCGAGGAAGAAGCACUGGCAUUUAAAGGGGUACUAACUUCGUGUUAUGAAGAUUGCUUAAAAUAAGUCUUUGAGGUGGAGGUGAUUCCUUUGUAGGUAGAAUGCAUCCUUGUAGUCAUGUCACUGAUAUCUGCAACGUCCUCUCCGACCGUCGUGAGGAGUAUUAACGACGCUGUUCUGCAAGAAAAUCAUCUCUUGGUGGAACGUUGUCACUACGUACAGCGUGAUCUACUUUCGUCGCCCAUGGUCUCAUCAGGUCUACGCCCACUACGAUACAAGUUUUGGCAAAGGUGAUGGGAAAUGCUCAGUACCACUGGUGAAAUCAAUGGUCCGUGCUUUGGGCAUCCAGAUGCAGAAGAAAGACGAAGACACGCUCGCUGUUCUGCUAGACGAGUGCGAUGAGAACAAAGAUGGUACGUUUACAGGCUUCUUUUGCUUACAGGCCUCCAUGUAUGACUGCAGCACACGCAAGUACAAAAGUACAGAUGAUUGUCGUGACACAACUACACAUCCACCUAUUUACAAAUUUAGCGUAGAUGUUGAUCAAGAAGUGCUGUUUUAUCAUACUUCUAUGGUGCCUACAACAGGUAGCUGCCAGUUUCCAGAGUUCCUACUGCUGAUUCACAAGAUGCAGGAAAUCAAUUUCUGCAAUAUGAAUCAAGCUGCAGCCGAGCGAGUUGAAAGUGAGAAGAAAGCCAUCGAAAGGAAAGAAAAAGCCGAAGCACGAAAGAAAAAAGGCACUUAACUUUUUUCGUCACUCACUCCUUCAUGACCAACAUCGUGAAAAUCAAUCGCGUACACGUUUUGGAUAAUACUGUUAUUUCACUCGUCCUCUCCUUGCGCAUCGGCGACGUCGAGGCACUUUAAUCUAUCCUCUAGUGAUCCCAUGAUUUUUCGACCUGUGAAAAAAAUUUUGCUUCAAAUUCUUUCAAAUCUAUUUGAUGCUAGGUACUUGUUCCAAACAACUAUCUACAGUUACUAGACUAUUUAAGAUUGAUCCUCCCAACUAUACAUGCAAAUAACAGAGAAGGAAGCUCAUCGAUCCUCCUUGGUGAUGGCGGAGGAACAAGCAGCGGUGCAGGCAGAGGUACUAAAAAAAGCGAACGAAAACAAAAAGGUAAAAAGCGAGGAAGACGAAUCCGAAGAUGAGCGCGAAGGCUUGAAAGAAUAUGACGAAAAAACAGAUGGUAUUUUCUCAGAACAAUACGACGAAAAAACGGAUGGUACCUCAGAAAAAACUAGAUUUAGGUGGUAAAUGAACGAAUGGAGCUGCGGUAAACAAAGACUUAUAGUUAGAUUCGAGUUACUUUUAGUUACUUGUAGCAGAUCUAGAACUAUGCUAGACGAUGUAUCUUCACUCUUACGACAUCAAUACUGCAAUCAACACUUCUUCUAGCGGGAACAAAUUUCAUUAUUCAAUAUGGACCAACGUAUUUCCCCACACUACAGGUCCCUUAAUUAGGACCAACUUACUUCCCCACACUACAGGUGCUUAUCCCUACUUCUAUUGGAAGAAUCACAAAGCCCAAGUGGACGAGUGGGCCAACAGCUGGAAAAAGUACCUGGCUGCAGUCAAGGCGCGCUAAGGUCCCGAGAAUGAAGAGCGUAGGACGGGGCUUUGCAGGAGUAAGCAAGAGAGGAAACAAGAAGUGGAUGCGCGCCUGCAAUAUACACUAGCCAAGUAUUGAACUGUGGGGUACUAGGCAUGUAUCUGGGAGCCGUAGACGCAAGAUGUUAUCUCAAGAUUGAAGCAUGGAGAGGACGCCAAGUGCUGGAUAGGGCGAUUGUUAUUGUGGUGUUGUUAUUCCAGAGGAAGAUGUCUCUCAAUUUGAAUCUCCAAAUGACUCAUGGAUUGUACUUAUCACUAUGAAAAAGCCAGCAUAUACCUGGAGUUGGUGCUGCCGGGCGUGCGUAAAUUACAUCAACACAACAACGAUCUUGUUCCCCAAGCAAAUCACACUUACUCGUCACAAGGAUGACGUCAAACACUGUUCGAGUAUGUGUAUGUGCUUUCUAUGAUGAUACAACAACCGAACGACUAUCUUCGUGUUUCUGUAGAUGACGCACCAAAGCAGUAGGCUUUGCUUUGAAUGCAAAGUGGUGUCACGAAGGACAAAUAAUUGUUGAUUUUAGCGCGAGAAGAUCGACGAAA